AUGCACGAAGCCCGCCAUGGGUUCCCGGGAAUGUUGGGGAGCCUAGACUGCAUGCAUUGGGGAUGGAAGAAUUGCCCCGUGGCUUGGCAUGGCGCCUACACUCGAGGGGAUCAAGGCGAGCCAACAAUUAUAUUAGAGGUCGUUGCUUCACAAGAUUUGUGGAUCUGGCAUGCAUUCUUUGGAGUCGCUGGGUUCAACAACGACAUCAACGUGCUCCACCAGUCCACGCUAUUCAACGAUGUUUUAGCGGGGCAUGAAGUGGCUGUGCACUUCCUCGCCAAAAAUUCUCACCACACUCGAGGAUACUACUUAACAGACGGCAUCUAUCCGGACUGGCCGGUGUUCGUGAAGAGCUUCCAGUUUCUGAACGAUGAGAAGAAGCGGAGGUUCAAGGAGAUGCAAGAAGCUGCAAGGAAGGAUGUGGAACGAGCUUUCGGUGUUCUUCAGGCUCGGUGGGGUGGAAAUGCAAGUCAUUUUGACGGUGACGACGACAAGGGACCAAGUUCUACUCCUCAAACACAAUUCAAUUCCGGAGCACCACCGGAGUUCGCCGCCUAUUUGGCACGGAAUGCAAGCUUGAAGGAUGCACGAUUGCAUGCUCGCCUCCGCGACGAUUUGGUUGAGCAUAUAUGGGCACGCUUUGGUCCGGUUGACCCGUAG